CGAAUUUUUCGAAAAAUCGGCGGAAGGAGCCGCCGCGCCGACGUAAAAAGGGGUAAACGACCUCGAGCUGGACGUAGGCGCGGAGGCGGGGCGUCUUUCCCGCCGAAAGAAAGAGGCUUUCCGAGAAGUUCAUCCGGGUAUCGGCCGACUUUCCGACGUAAAUAGCGGGCAGAAAAGAAAAAAGAGAGAGACAUUCCGCGCGGACGGAACCACUUCCGAGCCGGGGCGGAGCUAAACCGGAGGAGGAGAGGCCGGACCGGAAGCGGGAAAGGUGCCUCCCACCCGAGACGACGGAAGUCGGACGCCCGUGCAGAGGGCGCUCCACCCCGACAGAAGUGGGAGAGUCCGGCGAGAUUCAGCUGACAGCGAGAGUAUCGUCGGGCGAGUCGGCGUAGGGAUGAGGGAAGUGUGAGAAGCGCGCGCCAUCACGGUUCUUUGUCUCGGCCAUGACACCGAAGGGCCCGUCUCCGGUUUCGGGGCCGGCGUGGGCCGCGGCCCGCUAGCCGACGGAGCGGUGGAGAGGCGGCCGAGAGGACGAGACGGCGGAGCAGCGCCCGCACCCGGACCGCCGCUCUGAGAUGCUCAGAUACCUGACCCAUAAACUCCGCACUCAGUCGCUCAACGAAGGCGAUCCGCCGCAUUCCAAGGUUGAUGACGAUCAUGAUUCAGGUACAGAAUCUGAUGAUGAAGGUGGAGAUGUUGAUGAAUUUGAAAAGUUUCAAACUGUGAAUGAAAGCUGGUCCAGUGUAUAUUUAGAUGAGACAAGGGUGAAUGAGAAUCACAUUGUAUCAAAAUGCUGGCAAGACAGUGUGCCUAAUUUGAAAGUCUUGAUUGGAAAAAGUAGAUAAUUGAUGAUUCUUCAUGCUAGAAAUGAAAAUGGUUUUAUUUCCAACAUCCAGUUUGUUUUUGUUUCCAAAGACAAUGCCCCAGACUACCACAAAGAAACUGAUGCAGAUUUGUUUCUGAAAUUGUUUAAGAAUCAACUUAUUCUCAACAUUCCAGAAAAAUCAUACAUUUUUAUGGAAUGUUACAAUGCUUCAUAUCACAGUCAUCAACUGGAGAGACCUCUGUCCAGCAAUAGUCAAUAACAAGAAAUGACUGGCUAAUUCAGCAUAGAAUUUUAUUUCCUGGUGAACCAUAGAGCCGAGCUUUAUGAAAUAAUUAAAAUGCAUAAGAACUCCAGAGUAUGGUAUGAGAUUGAUGAAGAGGCAGCAUCCAGAGCCCAUACAGUUAUUCACUUGCCUUCCUAUCAUUGCAAAUUUAAUCCCAUUGAAUUCAAAUGGGCUCAGUUAAAAGCAUACAUCACUCAACAUAACACCACAUUUAAAUUGGCAGAUUAAAAGUAGUGGACAAUGUUUUUGCAUCCAUAACUAAAGAAAACUGGAUAGCAGCAAUUCAUCAUGUAGAAAAAAU